AAUUAGUACUACAUCCUACACAACACAACUCAGACUCGCACCUUCUAACUUUCAGGAACCAUGACCGAGCCCGACCCAAAGGGUAACAAGGACCCUCCGGAUCCAACUAMCACGGACCCUCCGGAUCCAACUAAGGAUCCCCCAUCCCCCCAGGGACACUCCAAGUCUUUCAAGGACCUCCCAGCUCCAUUCCAGGGGUUUCCGGCUUCUUUCAAGCACAGUACUCCUAUUAUCGCUAUCGAAAUGGUCGAUCCCGACGUCUCCACCAAUCCCGACCCUAGUACAAAGGACCAGGAUCCAACCCAGGACACUGAUCUAUCCCCACAAGGAUCCACCAAGCCAAUCAAGAAGCACGGCUCCAGGGUCAGAGAUCUGGAAAUAGCCCCGGCCCUUCCACGCUACGACCCCAAGGCCACCCCCCAACCAAGGUCACACCAGCCACCAAAGACCCUCUAAAGAGUCCGGAUACGACUAAAUCUCCUUGGGACCUUCUAGACAGCCCUGACGAGGCUGACUCCUCCGUUGAAGUGGUGGAAGACCGAGCUGUGAUUCCAAAGAAGUCCCCCAAGAAAGUCCUUAAAACAUGCGCUGCCCGACUCCAGCAUAGACUCUCUAGAGGCCCCGGGUUCCCCAAAGUUACAUCAAUCACUAUUACAUGUCCCUCCACUCAUGCACAUUCAUAUUCAGCCUACUAUACAACUUCACAGAUGAAAAACAAAGAAAAAGCAAACAAAAACAAAAAUAAUCAUACGACAACACCGACCCCAUCCCCUCCAGCUGGAUCGAUGCCCCUGGAGGAUGAUGCAUCAAUGUCUCCUACUGAGGAUCAAUCGAUGUCUCCGGAGCCAUCACCUCUGGAGGAAUGGUCUCCGGAUGAGUCUCCGGACGAGGAGUCUCCGGAUGAGGAGUCUCCGGGUGCCGCGUCUCCGGAUGAAUCGAUGUCUGAUGAAUCAUCUCCAGAUGCAUCUCUGGAUGAAUCUUCAGUUCCCCCUUUCGGCAAUUUUCAGGCAGCUUUCAUGUAUAACUUGAAGAACUCCCCCAUCAAGUGCAUAGCUUGGGGGUCCUCUUCCUCAUCUUCAUCUUCCGGCAAGACCAGCAUCCUCCACCAAAAGAAAAAGAAAACAAAGCUUACCGAGGAAGAACCAGUUCAGUCUCAAAAGCGAAUGAUUGAUCCCGCACCUAUGUUAACUGAUUCCGUACUGAAAGCAGACUCCUUAAAUGAUCUAGGAGAUCCAGCACCAAAAGUAGGCGCUCUAAAUGAUCCUAUAGUCAGUGAUAAAUCCGAGGUGAAAGCAUAAAGUGAAGCUAUAGUCCCUAUUGAUACUUCUGAAGUAUCAUUGGGCCCAAAGAACCAGCCCCUUAAGUGUACUCU